AUGAUAAGAGAUUAUCUAAAACAUCGUAUACGCAAUCGGCUUACUGCAAGUCAGAUUCUAGUAGCGGUAAAAGAAAUCAGUGAGCAUGAUGGCGACCAGCAACUUACAUGGAAUACUGAGUUGUUCCACAAAACUACUUCAAAAGAAUCUGCUGGGACAUUAUCAACGCGGCAACUACUCGCAAUAAUCAUUUGUUUGAUGGUGUUGAUAAUCCUGAUCCUGCUAAAUAUCUGCAUUCUAAAAAAUCCAUAUUAUUGCACGGGGAAGCAUUUUGAUAAUUCGCAAAUCGCUGAACCUGAUCUGUUGGAAUUGAGACUGCAGCCUUUCAAUAGUAUCCGCAUGACAAAAUCACUGGCUGGAAGCGAAAUGAAGAAAAAUGCGCUAAAAAAUGCAGUGAAUAAAGAACAACUAUUCAUGCCUGAAACAAAAAGAUUCAUAUCAUUGACCGAUUCAUUGGAUUCAGGAAUCGCUGAUCGCGAGCAAGAAGAGAACGAGCGUAAUGCAUGUAUUUUGGAACGACAGCGGCUCAAAUCAAAGUUGCGGCUUAUGGAAGAGGAUUUGCCACCACACUAUUCAAUCCUAAAUCCUAUGUCUCUUCAUCAGGCCGGUAAUAGUAGUACUCUGCCUCUCGUUCCAAACAAUUACCAACCAUAA